AGACUACCAGGACUUUGAAAAGGCGAAACAUUUUAAAACUUCAGGCAGCAAAGGAGGACGUGUAUUUGGCAAAUAGCCUAGUCUGAAAUUGUUGUGCAUAUAAGUAUUCGUUUAUUUUUAUUUGUGUGUGUGUUCCAUUUAUUCUCCAUACAUUAAAAAAGGCAGAUGGACAUCUGAAAUUGCGCAGCGACUAGCCUACUUAUAUUUCGCAUUUUUUAGAUUAACCUCAAAGAUUUGUGGCACCAUGGGUUCCGUGUUGCCAGCUGAAGCAUUGGUGCUGAAAUCUGGAUUUAAGCAACAGAGUUUGUCUCUGUCUGAAAUUAUCACCUCGGACAUUCUCCAUAGUUUUCUCUAUGGUAGAUGGAGGAACGUGCUUGGGGAACACCUUUUGGAGGAGAAGAUAAACGUCAGUCCCAAAACAGCUUUCACCGCAGAGGUCCUUGCGCAAUCAUUCUCAGGGGAGGUUCACAAACUCUCCAGUCUGGUGUUGCCAAGUGAAGUGAUAAUAGCCCAGAGCUCCAUCCCUGGCGAGGGCCUAGGAAUCUUCUCCAAGACCUGGAUCAAAGCUGGGACAGAGAUGGGGCCUUUUACUGGCCGAGUCAUCUCUCCUGAGCAUGUGGAUCUCUUCAAGAACAACAACCUCAUGUGGGAGGUGUUCAAUGAGGAUGGUACUGUGCGCUACUUCAUUGAUGCUAGUCAGGAGGAUCACCGCAGCUGGAUGACCUAUAUCAAAUGUGCCCGCAACGAGCAGGAGCAGAACCUGGAAGUUGUGCAGAUUGGCAGCAGUAUCUUCUACAAAGCUAUGGAGACCAUUCCCCCCGACCAGGAGCUGCUAGUGUGGUAUGGAAACUCACAUAACACAUUCUUGGGGAUACCCGGAGUUCCAGGAAUAGAGGAUGACCAGCAGAAAAAGAGCAAAACCGAUGAGUUUCAUAUUUGCGACGGCUCCACCUCCUCGUCCUCUGCCCUGCCUACCACAGCUAGCCGGAUGCGCUGUGUCAUCUGCCACCGGGGCUUCAACUCUCGCAGCAACCUGCGUUCCCACAUGCGCAUCCACACCCUGGACAAGCCCUUUGUAUGUCGCUUUUGCAAUCGGCGCUUCAGCCAGUCGUCCACCCUGCGCAACCACGUGCGCCUGCACACUGGCGAGCGGCCAUACAAGUGCCAUGUGUGCCAGAGUGCCUACUCUCAGUUGGCAGGACUGCGGGCACACCAGAAGAGCGCCAGACACCGGCCCGGUGGUGCUGGGGGAGUGGUGGUGGGCCUCCACCAGGCACACUCCCCCCCCCCCCAGAUGACCACGGUGCCCCACCCAGCCUCUCUGGUGCACCACAUCCCCACCAUGGUCCUGUGAAGGAAAGCCUUGUACAUUCAUUCCAAUAGGCACAUCCCCUCGACAGUGAUGAUCGUACUGCAAAAUGUGAUGCUUUUCUACAAGUCUGCACUUCCUUGCACAUAUUUGAUGUAAAUUAACUGGCUGUAGUGGUGUCACUGUUAGAGCUACCGGCAAAUGGACUUUCUGAUCACAUAUAAUAGUUUGGCCCUCACAAUUUCUCUUUUACAAUGCACUAUGUAGGAUGAAGGUGAUCUAGGUACUGGAAUUCUGUUAACUUACUGUCAAAAAUGUAACUAGACCUGAUGUUGUCACUGUGACCGUUCUUGUGAGAUUAAGUUUAAUCUCUGUG